AUGAGGUGCGGUGGCUCUAGUGCUUUCCUGAAGCAGCGGUUCGGCACGGGCUACCACAUGAAGAUAUUCAAGCUUCCCUUGUGCAACGUGAAGGCCAUCGAGGACCUGAUUCGCAAGUACGCACCCAAGGUCAAACUUCAGAGUGACUCCGACAACGAGGUCCUCUUUACGCUGGGUCACAUCAUUGAGACCCGAAAGAUCGUCACCAUGUUCAAGGGGCUCGAGCGCCGGAGUUCCGAGCUCGGCAUCGCCUCCGUGGGCCUGACCGUGACGGCACUGGAGGACGUGUUGUUGCGCGUAGGCGAAGAGGCGCACGUCCACCAACGCAAGGGUCCGAACGUGGCGUCUCCGCUGAGCGACGGGCCAUCGUUCAUCGAUGCGAAGCAGACCGCAAUCCGGAUCAUGGCCAGCACGACAGCGACGGAUCCCUCGCUGUUUGCCUGCAUCUGGGCCGUGCUCAGCAAGCGGGCCACGUACAUGUGGCGCGAGAAGAGGAUGCCCCUGUUCAGCUGGAUGCUGCCGCCCCUUCUGCUCAUGCUGCUCUUCUUCCUGGAGGACGCGGGCCUGCGGGGCAGCGGCUUUGGCGUCGAGCACGACGGUGACGCAGUGCGCUACACCUUCCCCGAAGUGGUCGGAGACGCCCAGGGUUUCUACGUAGUGGACACUGAGGAGUCCUUCGCCGACAAGUGGCUGCGACCGUUGACCAGCGACGCGAACGGUUUCUACAUGACAGAGGAGAGCCCGUCCACAGACCUUACGCUGUACCUGCUCGACAUCGCCAAGGAGACGCUGCGGAAGUACGUCUUCAACAUCCAUUUCGGAGUGCAGCUGGUCAAAAAGACGGGGAAUGCUCUGUGGUACAAUGGCCAGAUCCAGCACACGGCGCCCCUGGCGGUGACGCUCUACAACACGGCGCGUCUCCGCAACGUCACCAACGACGCCAGCGCCGACUUCUCCUUCGAGGUGACUGCGCGCGGAUCCGAGGAGCUCCACGCGGCAAUGGGCGGUGGCCCCGGCGUCCUGGCGGAGCACAUCCGCAGCCAGAACACGUACAGCACCCUACUGCCCAAGGUUCUGCGGUCCAUCUUCUUCCCUCUCGUGUCCAGUCUCAUGUGCAGCAACUUCGUCAUCUUUCCGACCGCAGAAAGGGCACUCCAGGUCAAGCAGUUGCAGAUGAUCUCUGGCCUGGGGCCCGUCACUUACUGGCUCAUCAAUUUCGCCUUCGACUUCAUGUUCUACAUGGGCACGGCGCUAAUUGUGCUGCUUCCGCUGCCGUUCGUCCCCUACACCACGCUGGCCGCGGAAGACUUCCAUCUUAUCUUCGUGCUCAACCUGCUUCACGGCUACGCUGCUCUCCCAACAAUCUACAUCUGCUCCUUCCUGUUCGACAGCCCGAUUACAGCUUACUCGGCCAUCGUCCUUAUCACCUUCGUAAUCUCGUCCGGGGGUAACUUGGCCGCGGUGUUCAUGGAGCAAUUCGGAGAGGACCUACACAGUACCCUGCUGACCACGGUGAUCGAAGUGACCCUGCAGGUGCUGCGGUUACUGCCCAAUCAGUCCUACUCUCGAGGCAUGACCAAGAUCAUCCAGCUGGCCAGGGAGAAAGGGAUCUGCCGCAAGGGAGGGUUGCAGCUGGAGAGCCGCUGCCACACCAGGCAGGCACAGGGCAGACUGUCCCUGCUUCAGUGCUGCUUGCACCUCGACGCACCGGACCCGUCCGAGUACGCCAUCAAGCCGCUGGACGUGAGCCCGUACUCGGUCUUCUACGAGUUCAUCACGCUAACCAUCGAGGGACCCGUGCUGUUCGCGCUGCUGGUGUGCAUCGAAAUUUGGCUACCGUCCGUGGACAUGGCGCUCAGCUCGCUCGACCAGAACGUCUACAAGGAGGGCGCGGUUCCGGCGCCUGCACCUUCGCCCGCCGUCGGCAAGGCACUGGCGGGCAGCAAGAAGCCGGAAGACACGGAGGUGAUGCUGGAGAACGGGCUGAUAGACGGAUUGGUAAACAACCCGACAGCAACGGGCGCAUUGCGGCCUCUCAUGGUGGUGAAUCUCCUCUUCAAGUCCUAUGGCUACUUGGAGAGCAAUCCUGUGCUGCAGGGGCUGAGUUUCACCGUGCGCACUGGCGAGUGCUUCGGCCUGCUGGGCGUCAACGGCGUGGGCAAGACGACCACGUUCCGGGUGCUCACGGGCGACAUCCUGCCACACUUCGGGGACGCCAAGGUCUCUGGAUUCUCCAUCGUCCACCAGACGUGGCAUUGCCAGCGGUACCUCGGCUACUGCCCCCAGCGGGAUGGCCUGCUAGACAUGCUGACCGGCACUGAGACCCUGCUGCUCUUCGGGCGUCUCAGGGGCCUGAACAUCACGCCGCAGUACUUGAACGUGCUCGCGCACAUCUUCAGACUCGAGGAAAUCGUCGACCACCUUGUCGUCACGUACAGUGUUGGUAACCGGCGCAAACUGUCCAUCUGCGUCUCGAUGAUGGGAAUGCCACGGAUGCUGCUUCUGGACGAGCCGUACAACACGAUCGCCACCACGGCGCGCAAACGCAUCGUCAACUACAUCAGCGAACUGCAGCGGGUCAGCAAGAUGUCCAUCCUACUCAGCUCUCACAGCCUGUCGGACGUCGAGUUUCUGUGCAACCGGAUCGCCAUCAUGGGCGAAGGGCGGCUGCAGUGUCUCGGCUCCCUGACGCACCUCAAGGAGAAGUUCGGCAAGGGUUACACCAUUGGCGUGAAGACGUAUCCUGACAAGAAGCAGGACUUCGUAUACCAGAAGGAGGUCGCCGAUGCCGUGUGCAAUACCUUCCCCGAAACAGAGAUGGUCCACAGUGUCCAGGGUCUCCUGGAGUUCCGCAUGUCGCAUGUGGAGAUGCCCUGGAGCGAGAUGUUCACGCGUAUGGCCAAGAUCAAGAAGCGCUUCAAGCUCCAGGACUUCUUCAUCUCAGACACGUCACUGGAGCAGAUCUACACGAGCGUUACGCGCAAGGAAGCGUUCGAGGCCGCUGCGGCGGCCGCGGCUGCAACCGCGGCUCCGGCCACCGGUGCACUCCCGCCCGGCCUGGGAACAUCGCUGGGAAUCUGA